GGGCCUAUCAAGCAUAUUAUGGAACAAACGGCCGCCGGUCCUUAAUGAGGUCGUCAUGAUCAGAGAACAUGUGAUCAGAGACCAAGGUCAGAAACGACAUUCGCGGCAAUUGUUUCUUAUGAGAUAAUACAUCAGCAGUGGUGAUAAAAAAGAUAAACAUAAUUAAUUAUUUGUUCUUCGGUUGACACUGUUUACAAUAUAGCCUAUUUUAGACCGUACCAACGUUCGUACGCUAUUGUUUACAAACUUGAUUUACUAAAUCUUGCUGAUUGCAUGCAACAGCUGUGUUCAUUCGUUUGACUUUUAAAAAACAUUACCGUUCCUCUUUUUGUAAACCUUAAUUGGAGAUACUAGGCCUACGUAUAAGGCCUACAGCUGAAAAAACAACAACAUUUGAGAAGCCAAAAGCACAAGGUACGCUAUUGGCUAGGCCUACGUAUUUUAAAUUCGGUUGCCAAUGGCAAAACAUCGUGACACCUUGGGUAUCAUUUUAAUACAUUCUUGAAACUUUAUUUGAUUAGUCCAUACAAUCCUGCUAUCGUUGAUGCCAAUUAAGGAGUAGAUGUGCGUUGUUGGAUAAUACAUGUAGUUAACUGUUAGGCCUAUAGUUUGUUUCCUUAUUAAUAUAGUGAGCUGUCAUAAUUAGAUCUAGGCCUAUUUAUUGAUAGGCUACGUAAUAAUGACAACCAUCAUUGCACCCUGUCUACUAUACACGCUCAUAAAAGCUCGAAGAUCGAUUAAUAUAAUUCAGGGAUAGUGUACUUUAUAUUAUUAUGAACUGUUUUUCCUGAGUAUAGCGAAACCAUAUUUCGCUCUUUUUGUGAAUUGUUGAUUUUUAUUAGGAUUUUAUUUUAUAAUAAUUGCAAAUAGAAUCUAUAGGGAAGUGCUGACAUGUGAACAAACUUCUUUCUUGGGGAGAGAAAAGAGGUUUCGCGGAGAGCAUAGGUCUAGAGUUAAGAUCCUUUGCGGAGAGGAAGAGACGGGCAGCGAAAAUAAUUAAAUCUAGUUUUAGCCCACCAGAGUAGCGUCCCUUUACAGAUCAGUUUAUUUUAUGAUGCCAGCAAGUCAAGCAAGUGCUGAGAAAACAAGGCAGACAGAACCACAGACAUUGUAAAGCGGCUAGGCCUAUCAUCUUCUAAACGGUUUUGUGGGUAUAAUAUUCAAUACAUUUUGAGUGUGGUGUAUGCUCUUUAUUUGUUACACCAGUGUUGACCAUGGAUAAGCUUCUUGAAGCCAGUGUCAUCUUCGUGAUGCUUGUACAUCUAUUUGCAUGCCCAUACACCAAAGUAGAAGAGAGCUUCAACAUGCAAGCGACGCACGAUAUCCUGAAUUUUGGACUGGACAUUGACAAGUAUGAUCACUUAGAAUUCCCGGGCGUUGUUCCACGGAGCUUCAUAGGACCCUUGUGUAUUGCUGCGGUUUCUUCCCCUUUUGUUCUGCUGAACAACAUUACAGGAGGAAACAAACUUGUUCAACAGUAUAUUACCCGAGCAGUUCUUGGCCAAGCCACUUCUCUGUCAUUCUUCCUUUUCUGCAAUGCGAUUGAAUCUGGCUUCGGGAAAAAUGUGAAAAGAUGGCUGAUCCUGAUUACCAUGACCCAGUUCCACUUUAUGUUCUACAUGUCAAGGCCGCUGCCUAACAUCUUUGCUCUCAGUAUGGUUCUGUUGGCUCUGACCAGCUGGUUGCACCAGAAACACAAGCUGUUCAUCUGGCUGUCCGGGGCAGCGGUUGUCCUCUUCCGCUUUGAGCUUGUCAUGUUUUUGGGGCCCAUUCUGCUGCAAGAACUGGCUGUUGGGAGACUGAAGUUUCCCAGGUUUCUUAAAACGACUAUGUUGGCCGGAUGCUUUUGGCUAGGCUUGACCGUUCUGGUGGACUCGUUUUUCUGGCAGCGCUGGCUGUGGCCGGAGGGGGAAGUCAUGUGGUUUAAUGUUGUGCUGAACAAGAGCUCUGACUGGGGUACAUCGCCGUUCCUGUGGUACUUCUACUCGGUACUGCCGCGAGCCCUGUCGGCCACAGUGAUCCUCAUCCCCGUCGGAGUCUACCUCACCCGCCAAGUGACGGUCUUGCUGUGGCCAGCCCUUGGCUAUAUCCUGCUCUUCUCGUUCUUGCCUCACAAGGAGCUGCGCUUCAUCCUCUACACCUUCCCUGUGCUCAACACUGUUGCAGCCUGUGCUCUGGCUACGCUAUGGCGGAACAAAGAGAAGUCUCUGUCUCGACGAUUCCUCGCCUUAGGCUCCUCCAGCCUGCUGCUAGGCAACGUGCUGCUGACCACAGGCUUCCUCUACAUAGCUCACUACAACUACCCGGGGGGCGCAGCGCUCAGACUGCUGCAUCAGCUGGAGGAGAACAACUCAGACGUUCAUGUUCACAUCGAUGUCUUCACUGCGCAGACAGGAGUGACCAGGUUUGGUCAGCUCAGAGAUGACUGGAUAUACAACAAAACAGAAGACCUGGCCCCGGGCGGAGUGGACAUGCAAUCAUUUACUCACCUCCUCAUCGGCGCACCUAGUGAAGACAGCCAUGAGGUCACAACGUUUUCCCAGACUCAUUCUGUGCAAGCCAAAGUGGAGGCGUUUGAAAGGAUAAAGUUUGACAAAAAUUUGCUCCCUCCGCUGCAGUUGUCAUUUACAAACAAAUGUUUUUUGUUGAAAAAGAACACGGUUGGAGCGUAGCGGAUCCACGUGCUUGAGACGUUUUAGAACGUGCUCCCAUUCCUAAGACGCAUCUCAGCUGUGUUAGCAUUUCUAAGUGUUCUAGUUACUUGUAUCUCAAUCAAUCUUCGAAGAAGUCAACUGAUAUUCACAUUGGCCAUGGUGGUUAUAAAGGGGUCUCCGGCUAAUAGCACGCACCUUGGGUGAUAAGAAAAGCAUACGCUUACAUUGUGAACAUGCUUUUAACUCUUUCACUACCAGGAGGUUCUUCUCACAUGGACUGGCCCUUAUCUGGGACCUACUUCCAGAUUCUUCCUAUCCUUAGACAAAUUAAAGCUUUUGAGUUCAAUUUUCAAUUUUAGCCACAUGUAUCAUCGUAUAUGAAAAUGAAUGGGAGAUAAUGACCUAUCUCAACAUGUUGCUAAAAAUGAUAGUUCUUCAGCCUGAGAUUUCAGUUUUGAUUAUUACAAGAGUAGAACUGGUUUUGAAGCAGAAAGUGGAGAGCUGUGACACACGGCUUGUGGUCAAGUGUUGGGAGUAACAUGAGCUGUGACACACGGCUUGUGGUCCAGUGUUGGGAGUAACAUGAGUUGUGACACGCGGCUUGUGGUCCAGUGUUGGGAGUAACAUGAGCUGUGAAUCACGGCUCGCGGUGGUGAAAGAGUGAAGUAAAUUUCUAAGUCUAAGGGGAGUAAUCUAGAGGUAGUAUUCUGUUGAAUUUCAUUGGUUGAUGUGUAUGACCGUAGCAUCUGAUCUCCUGCAGCGAGUUGCACCUUUGAGCUGAUCUCACCCAAAAGUGUGAAGUUUUCCUAUAAUAUAAUAAUGAUAAGAAUUAAAUUCAUAUAACGCAUAUCCACGCUCUACAGCAUGCUCUAUGCUCUUUACAACUAUUAUUACCCCAGCAGACCCUAGAACACUCAGAAACAUUCUCGGCUGCAUGGAAAGCAUCUAUCACAGACAAUGACUAUCAUAAUCACAGAACAGCCCUUUCACACUGUUCGGCUGCCACGCAAGGGCAGUCACUGGCUUUCCUCUUUACGCAAUUCUUACUUCUUUCGCCAUGUCCCUAUAUGUCUUUUUUCCUUUCUGGCAAAGCGUCAAUUUCAAGUAAUAAAGAAGGGCAUGCAAUGUUUGCUUUGCUUCCAUCAGUUCCAAGCAAAAUGAAUCACUGUGGCUGAUCUGUUUCUGACACCAAACGCAGGAGCAGCUGCGCUAUUAGAUGGAGUUGUCGAUUUGGAAACUGCACUUACGAGUGAUGAUUAUAUAAGAAAUAUUUGGUCCCACAUAGCCAGCAUUUUUUAAGGGGGAUUGUGCUUUUAUCUGGCAUGCUAUUAGCCGCAGACCUUUGUUAUGCCUUACAGCAUGUACUGUUUUUUUAUUUAUAUUAUAUCUCAAGCCAUUGAACUUUGAUGAAUUCAAAUUUGUUUUGGAUGUUAAAUCAUUGAUUUAAAAAAGUUACAUAUCCUGGUUUAUCCCCCUCACAGGUAAAUGUGUUCCUACUAAUUUCUAUUGCAACUUUGUUUUUUGGUCCGUGGCCUGCUGUUUUGCUCUCUGAUGUGGUGGUCGUCGUGUUCCUCUUGUCAUAAGAUUUAAUGUGCGACAAAUAAUGUUUUGGUUAAUUUUACAUUGUAUUUUGUGUGCUCGGUCGGUGUGGACUUACAUUUUUAUGUGCCCCAGGUGUUUCUGGUAAGAGCUGACCGCCGACAUUGUUAUGUAUAUCUUAAGUGGUGAGAUGAUACUAGUUCACUGCUUCCUUUGUUAUGAAAUCCUUUCGUUCGCUUGACUGUUAAAUUUGUGUUCUGUACUAGAGCUGUGCCCAUUUGACUUUACUAUUCAACAUUGGUGAUUUUUGCACUAUUCAAAACUAUUUGAAGUGUGAUAGACCCAUUUGAAUACUGUGUGAUUUUUCAUGGAUAAUGGAUUUUCGUCUCAUUUUCCUCGAACUGUAGUAAAAUAAGAGAAUGCUAUAUCUAAAAUCAUUGGGGUAAAUACAGCAUUACUUUGCACCUGAUGAUUUUGAGACAGUAUUAAGUGGAGCCAGUAAGAGUUAUAAAGCAUGUUUCUAAGAGAUAUUCACAGCUACAUGUAUUCUUUAUUCACUGGUCACACCAGGAAUGGCUCAAGAGCACUUUACUCUCGGAGCUUAGCAACUGUAUAAAAAAAAAUCUAACAGUAAGCUGUCGCAAUGAACUCCCCUUCCCAUAUUUGAAAUUCGAAGUGUUAUGAAUGGUGAUGUGAUGUCAUCAUAUUGCGCUGUGUAAAAACCAGCACACACACUCUCAGUAAAUAGUGCUGUUAAUGCAUGUUGAAUAGCAGAAGUUAGCGAUGGACUAAUCAUACAUAUAAGAAAAAAGAAUUUGACACUCAGUAUUCGAAUAGAAUGAAUGUGACCUCAGGCUUCAAAGCUCAGUGAAGUUUAAUUUCCUCACAAUCGCACAGCGCUACUGUGUAUAUAGUUUGUUGUGGUAGUUUGUCAGCAGUAGGUCUAAACUACAAAAAAUGUGAGCCGGUCUUGAGAAAUCAGGAAUAUGUCGCUAAACCUCAAACCGAGAUAUCAGCAAAUAUAGUUGAUGUGGCCAAUUCUGGUCGAUUUUGAGUCACACAUACCAGAGGAUCCCCAACCAUUUUUAGAAAAUAAUUAAAGAGCAGUUUCUUGUAAAAACCACUUUAAAGUAUAGUUUCCAUUUACAUUCAGCUAUUAAAAAUCAAUAAUCUUACUUUUCCAUAUAUUUUGUUACUUCAAAAUGCAAUAUCUCAAGUUCAGGAAAAGAUCAUAAAAAAAUUUAAAGUGCAUAAUCAUCUGGAAGAUCCCAGCUUUCAGAAAAGCAAAAAUAUUCAAAAUGGGCCUGGGGUGACAUAUUAUUCGUGAUUUCCCCAGACCGACUCACGAAUGUGUGCAUGAAAGAAAUUAAGUUCAAUAGCCUCACAGUCUUCAUGUGUGUGGCACAGCAUCAGUGUUCCCGCUUGUUAUUUUGGAGUUAAGUUUAUAGUUGAGAUUUCUUCUUUUGCAGUUGCGAGCGCUGUUACAAACUCAACUAAAACUCAACUAAGAUUUUUUGCUAUAGAAGGCUUCAUAGAAGAUUCAUUGCUUAACACUUUUCCGUGACAUCUCGCCGAUCGGCGAUGUUUACCACCCAGCUUCUUUGGAUUUUCCCCAAAAUGCUUUUGCCUUUGAUGGCAAGGGUUUUUACUAUAUGAGCCUUGUGAUGGCAAAAUGGUAAAGAUGCUAAAGAUGUUCACAAAUCUAGAUGUGCAUAAGCCUGAGAGCAUCUCUACUAUAAGAACAUUAAAUAAAUUUUCUAUUAGUGUUUUGAUCGGGUUUGGAUGCAUAAUAUAGGUGUCCAUAAUUCUUUGAAAAGGAAAAAAUUUUUUUGGAAAUGAUGACUUUUGUUAAACAGUUCAUUGUAAGGUUGUUUAAGUUACUGGUACUCAUCUGGUUGUGAAAGCAAGUGAGACUGGAUUAUUUCUUCCCUGCGCUUGGACAGACUGUUAGCCCUCUUGGUUAGUUAGAGUUAGACACUUGACUAAAUUAAGUAAGUGCAGAUGAGCCUGGUUUGAAUCUUUUAUGGGACAAAGUGAGCCUAGCUUACGUUUUCAACUAUUUCAAAGGCUUUUUUUCUUUAUUUUAUCAAGAUGGAUAUAAAAUUAGAAGUCUUACCUCAGGUCCUUUUUGAAAAUGAAAGGCAUUUUUAUGUUAAGUUCUUAUACCCCUUAGGAAUCACGGAUGAGAAUACACUGCUUCCCCAGGACCGUAAACGAGUAUGCUUGCGAGCAAAGUGACCUACAUCGAAACAAAGGCAUGUCGAUGUUAUGUUUUUGUAAACCGAUUGAUUAGUUCUGGUCAGAUAUUUUGCUUCCGAUUUCUGGCAAUUAAAUGUGGAUAGCGAUAAAAUGAGUUUAGAAAUGGUGUUUCUCCGAACCUGAGGUGCUCAACAAAAUUUGUAUAGACACAGACAGUGUUGACUCAGACAGUGACCAUGAUAAUUUGGAUUGAGACUCUUCAAGUCAAGAAAAAAAGGAUGAAAGACAGAUCUAGAACAAAUUAUUAUUGAUUGAGGAGCAAUUUAUGCUAUAAGUAGAUCUAGCUCUAGUCUUUUAUUCCCAAUAGGAACUAAUUCUGGACAAAAGCUUACUAUUACAUAAACGAUUACACCUAAAUGACUCGAACCAAAAUAUUUUUUUUCAAUGAAAAUGUGUUUUACAGUACGGAAACAUAGUCUUUUAUUUUUUAACAAUUUGGUGAAGCUUCCUAUCUAUAACUUUACUAGGGGCUGAGCUAUUCAUAUUAGAGUUACACAUAUCUCACAUCGUGAGAAAGCGGGAGACAGCUCCGGUCCUGGGGUACUGAAAGUCAAAUGUGAGGCCAAUUCCGUAGGUGUUAAUAUCAGUAAAUGAAGGUGUGAGAUAGUGCAGCGUCUCCUCAUAAAUAGUUAAGCUCAUGUGGCCAUCUUUAUGUUGCUUAUGUCUGAAAUUGAGUGUUUUCUUGGAGUACAAACAGAAAACAGACUCAUAUUUAACUUUGAGGUUAACUUUUUAAAAACAUAUUGAUCAGAAAAAACCCCACUUAUUUAUUAUAUUAUUUUUUAAAAUUUAUACCUUGUAAAAAAGGGAUACACAAGUUUAAUAUUAUAUGUAUAUUCUUUAGUUUUUCAAACAUGAAUGAGAGCAAAAGAGAAUCAGCGUUUAGGGUUAAAACACAAAAUGAAUGAUGCACCUUUUAAUUGGUGCAAUUGGCAGAAAGUUAAUUGUUGACAACUUUAAAUGUUUGCCUUUUAACCAUCAUUUUGGGAAAUCAAAUACUUGAAAAAGAAAACGGUUACAGUGUGCAUGGUGUUAAAUACCCCCAAGCACAACGCUAUAGAAAAUUACUCCAGAACACCUUCAUUAGACAAAAUACUGACAAGUUGAAAUGUUUUUGACUUUUUAAAGAUUCAGUAUUUUUUAAUCUUUCAAAGGGAGGGAUAGUUGUAAGGAUGAUAAAUCUUACGCAGUUAAGUUGGAUUCUGGAGAAUGAAAUUAUAACAGUACAGUUGCUUCAGCUUUUAGUUUUUUGUUGUUACAUAAAAUUGCAGACGAUCAUGUUUGUAUGAUGAAAUGUUGAUUGAAAAGUAUUGUACGGUUACCGACAGCAUUGAAAGAUUUUUCAGCU